AGAGCCUUGCUCAGGGAAAAGCCCUUCCAGGCGCGGAACCUUUCUACCGCCUGUCCUUGUUCCCGCCCGGAACGACGUGGUCCCUUCCGGGUUCUGUCGCUAUGGCGCUGGCGCUGCUGGGUUCGUUCCUGGCGGCGCUGCUUGCGCUGGUGUGGCUGGGCUCGCGCUGGCUGCGGCGACGCGGCGCGGGUUGGGGACACCGAACCCUGUGCGCGGCGGCACCAGCGCGGGCCGAUGACGUACGUGCCCUGGUCGUGACGGCGCACCCUGAUGACGAAGCAAUGUUCUUUGCUCCCACAAUCCUCAGCCUGGGCAGGUUUCGGGCUCAACUCUGGCUGCUGUGCUGCUCUUCAGGAAAUUACUACAAUCAAGGGGAGAUUCGUAAGAAUGAACUUGUACAGAGUUGUGCUAUUUUGGGGAUCCCUCCUUCCAAUGUAACAGUUAUUGACCACAGGGACCUUCCAGACGAUCCAGCUGUUGAAUGGGACACACAUCUCCUCUCUACCUUUGUGCUAAAGCACAUAGAAACCAACCAUAUCAACCUGGUGAUAACCUUUGAUGUGGGAGGAGUGAGUGGCCACGCUAACCACAUCGCCCUUUACACUGCUCUAAGCUUCGAGAGUCUGAAGGAGGAAUGGCUGAGGCCUGAAUGUUUUCCUUCUGGUGCCGGGACCUCAUGUUGCAGUCCCUCCUUGCAGAGUCAAGGUACCUGCAGUCAGAGGGGAAGUUACCUGAAGCACCGUUGGGUCAGGAUGGAAACCUGCUGUUGCCCUCUGACCCGCCAGCCCUGUCCCCUUGCAGCUGCAGAAGGGUGCCGGGUCCUUACCCUCAAAUCAGUAAACCUCCUCCGGAAGUACAUCUCCAUCCUGGAUGUGCCCAUUAGCUACCUCCAGUCCCAGGAUGUUCUCUUUAUACUAACAAAGGAGGAAUCUGAACAAGCCAAGAGAGCCAUGCGGUGCCAUCACAGCCAGCUUCUCUGGUUCCGCCACACCUAUAUCCUGUUCUCGCGCUUCAUGGUGAUCAAUUCACUUUGCCUUCUGUAAAGGGAAGGAGAAUCAUACACACUUCCAGGGGUAUUGAGAGACCAGAGAAGGGAGACAAAGAAAAGAGCAGCUCUGCCUGACCGAGCACUAUUGAAAGCUCGUUUCUUUAAUGCCUCAAGAAGAGGAAAGAAUUCCACCUUCUGGGAUACCCAUUGUCCCUUGGGGUUUGAACCAGGAUCCUCACAGCCCUCAGGCUGUAACACUGAACCGCACAGGCCUGCCUGUCAGUCAGCCAGUUCCUGCUGAUGGAGGGCUGGUUUCUUGACUUUAAAAUGCCAAAACUUUAGGAAUAAAAUAUUAAAAAUUAUACAGACUAA